AACAAUUUAUUCCUUUUCCCCCUUUCCCUUCUGUUCCUCCCUGUACUCUCAAUCUCUCCAUCUUCAGCCUCCGAUUGAUGACAACGAAGCCUCUCUGGAAGACGGACACCAACACCGGAAAGGUCAGGAGGGUAGAGCUCCGGCGAGCCAAAGGAGCGGUUACUUGAACGCCGAUCCGUUUCAGUCUCUCUCGGAUCUUCUCUCAUCUCUAUCUUUGGUGAACUUUACCUUCUUUAUUUUUUGGUCGUCUGAAAAAAAAAAAUAGAAGCGAAGGAUAAGGCUACCUUCCUGACUAUCACAUGGAUAUCCAUGUCGGUCCUACAUUCACCAUCGACAUUUCGCCUCCUCAGGCGGCGGCGGCGGCUUACUCCCUCUCCCAGCCGGAGACCCAGCGGUUAUUUCUGAAGCAUAGGGUUUCGUUCGUUGUGGAGGGAGAAGAAGACGAGGAUGGGUUAGUGGGUUCGAUCUCGAUAUCCAACCGCAGUCGUUUUGGCCUUCCGAUGGCUAGAUCUGGGAAAUCGCUCGAAGAUUCUUCCGAUCGCUCGUCUUCAUCCGUCGGCGCUCCCGACGACAGCGACGAGGAAGACGACGGAGAGAGCAAUAGCAGCAACGGUGCCUCAUCGUCUAUGAAGAAAGGCCUCGGCUCUCUCGGCUCCAUUGACGCCCUGGAGGACUCUCUCCCCCCAAAGAAGGGAUUGUCGAAUUACUUCGCCGGGAAAUCGAAGUCGUUCGCGAGCUUGUCCGAUGCGUGCUUGGCGGUGAGCCAAGCGAAGGAUCUGGAGAAGCCGGAGCACCCGUUCAACAAGCGGAGGAGAAUUCUGAUGGCGAACAAGUGGUCGAGGAGAUCGUCGUUCUACAGCUGGCAUAACCCUAAAUCCAUGCCGCUGCUCACCUUGAACGAAGACGACGACGAAAGCGGCGACCACAAGGGGGAAUGAAGAAGACGACGAAGAGGAAGAAGACCGCCGUGAAAGCCUCUCGUCGUCCUCGUCGUCGGAUAAGGAUGAAGAGGAUGGGAGACGAGCGCAGAUGGAGA